AUGGCAUCAAAUAAUAUGUAUUCAAAGGAACAAUUCUUAAUUCGUACUUCAACGCAAGCAGAUAACGUCUAUCAAAAUCAACAACAACAACAAUAUCAUCAUCUUGAAAUGAUCGUAUCUCAAAGUUGUAAUACUUCAAUCACAAAUACAAGUUCACGUCUUCAUCCACAUACACCAAAUACUGAACCAAAACUAUGUACACAACAAGCGCCAGCAAAAGCUGAAAUUAUUCGAACAAUAAAAUACGUUUUGAUACAUCAAAAUCUUGGUGUGCACGGUGAAAUCGUCACUGACUUUGUUCAAGUAAAGUUUAUGAAAAAGAUGGAGCAUUUUUAUGUUUGUAUUGAUUAUGGUGAUGUUUUUCCAUCAAGUACUGGUGCUGUAAAUGUUAUUUUUAAUAGUGAAGAACGAGUUUUUUAA